CAGCCCCUGGACAGCUCCCUAUAUCCAUAAACUCAUUCUUUUUGUGCAUGAUUUCGUUGUUUUCCUCUUUGAGAUUCCAUUGCCUGCUUGUCUGUUUCCAUUUCAAUAGCCUUUUUCUUCUUUUUUUUUUAACUGUUUGCAUGUGACGUUUUUGACUCUGCAUUUCUUCUUCUCUUUCUGACUUCCAGCUACCUGAUUUUGUUGGUUCAUUAUGCUCAGCUUCAGCAUGGAUCGCUCAGUAGGUCCUGUAACCUACAGAAGAUCUACAGAGGGCUACCUGAGACCUAGCUCUGUUUCCCUCCCCCACAGUGGCAGCAGUAGUUUUCAGUCCUACACUCGGAGUCGUAGGAGUGCCCCGUCUUACAGUGAAAGUCCGGAGCACUCCAAUGGGCCAAGGGAUGAAAAGGAGGCCUUGCAAGGGUUGAAUGAAAGGUUUGCUGGCUACAUAGACAAAGUGCGGAGACUGGAAGAACAGAACCAGAGUUUACAGCAGGAAGCAGUAGUCUUAAGGAAGCAGCAGGCUGGUAUAUCUGCUAUUGGUCAGUUGUAUGAAAGAGAGAUAAAGGACAUUCGCAACCAGCUACUGAAAAUUAACUCUGAAAAUGGAAAAGAACAGCUGGAAACCAACCGACUUAAUGAAGACCUUGAGUUGUUGAGACUAAAGACACAAGAAGAAGAGAGGCUGAAACAAGAGGCUCUGUCUGCUGAGAGGGCACUUAGGCAGUACCUACAGGAAUGUACCCUAGAGAGUGAACAAAUAGGAAGAAAGGUUCAGUCUUUACAGGAUGAAGUUACUCACCUGGGCAAAAGCCACCAAGAAGAUGUGGAAGAAAUGCUUAUGCAGAUACAAGGCAACCAAAUGACAGUACAGCAAUUUGAAGAAAUGCCUGGAGUCGAACUGGCGUCAGCUCUGAAGGAAAUCAGGACUCAGCUGGAGGACCAUAUAGGAAGAAAUAAUAUGCAGACCCAAGAAUGGUUUCAAACUCAGUUGGAAAAACUGAAUGAGGCUUCACAAGUGAAUACCCAAUCCAUUCACACUGCUAGUGAUGAAAUAACCAAUUACCGACAUCAGCUUCAAAGUCAGAUGACCCAGCUAGAAGUUCUGAAAGGAUCCCAGCAGUCUUUGGAGAGACAGUGCAUGGACCUAGAGGAUCGUCACCAGGCAGAGUUGGCAUCUUAUCAGGACACUCUGCAUCAGUUGGAAAAUGAGCUAAGGAACACCAAGUGGGAAAUGGCUGCUCAAAUACGAGAGUAUCAAGACUUGUUGAAUGUCAAGAUGGCUCUGGAUAUUGAGAUUGCUGCAUAUAGAAAGCUACUUGAGGGAGAAGAAUGUCGAAUUGGAAGUUUUGACCCUUCUCCAUUUGAAGCAAGAAGCCCAAGGAUACCAAGCACACCAAAGAACAUUAAAGUGAAAAAGGAAGAAAAAAUCAAGAUUGUGGAGAAGUCAGACAAAGAAACAGUAAUUGUGGAGAAGCAAACUGAAGAAACACAUGUGACUGAAGAGGUCACAGAGGAAGAAGAAGUGAUUACAUCUCCAAUAAAAGAACCUGAAGAGGAAGAUGGGAAGACACCUGAAGAGUUGUCCGAAGAAAAAGCAGAAAAUGCUAUAACAGAAGAGGAAGUAUUAGAAGACAAAGAGGAAGAGGAAAAAGAGCAAGCAGAAAAAGAGGCUACAGAAAGUACUGAAGAUGAAGAAAAAGAAGUAAACCAUAAACCAGGAAAGGAAAUAGAAAACAACAUAAUAGGCAAAGGGGGUGUAGUAAAACAAAAAGAUAAGGAUAUUACUAAGAAAGAACAUGAUAAAUCUCCAGAGAAAGAAAAAGACAAGUCAGGAAGGACUGAUGAUGAACAGCUUGAGAAGAAGCAAGAGAAAAGUAAACCAAACAAAAACCAAGAAGAGCAUGCAAAAGAGAAAGCAGAAGCUGCAAAAGGGGAAAUAGAUGAACAAAUAGAGGGAGAUGAAAAACCAUCUCAGGAAGAUGUAAAAACAGGACCAGCAAAAAAAGACAAACCUUCAAAGGACGAAGAAAGGACAACAGACAAGAAAGAGGAAAAAAAGCCAAACAGCCAAGAAGAAAAGCUAGACACUGAUAAAAAAGAAGGUAAAGCAAAACAAGAUACAGGAAAGAAAGAAGAGAAAAGGAAGGAUGAAGAAAUAGAACAUACAUCAACAAAAAAAGAAGUCUCUAUAAAAACAGAGGAAAAGACGGUUGAUAUCAAAACUAAAGAAGGUGAGGUUUCCAAGGAAGAAAAGAAAAAAAUAGCUGAUAAAGAUGUUAAAACAGCAAAAGAAGGUAAGGAAGAUCCGGAUAAGGUAAAGGAAGAGAAACCUGCUAAGGCUCAAGAAAAGAGUAAAGCUAUAGAGGAAAAUGACAAGUCACCUAAAAUAGAGGAAAAGAAACCACCUAAGGCAGAAGAAAAGAUACAAGAUAAAGAAGAAGAAAAAAAGCCACCUAAAGUAGAGGGGGGAAAAAAGGAGCCAAUUAAGGAAGAAGAGAAAAAACCAACUAAGAUAGAAGAGAAGCAGCCAAUGAAGGAGGGGGAAAAGAAGCAAUUUAAGGUAGAUGAGAUGAAAUUGCCUAAGGAUGAAGAAAAACCAAAAGUAAAAGAAGAGGAAAUGAAGCCAACUAUAGUGGAGGGAAAGAAGGAAAAGCAAUCAGUAAAGGAAGAAGAAAAAACUAUAGAAGGACAGAAACCAUCUAAGGUAGCUGAAAAGCAGCCGGUCAAAGAGGAAGAAAAGAAACCAGCUCAGGCUAAGGAAAAGCAACCAGUAAAAGAAGAGGAAAAGAAACCAGCUCAGGCUAAGGAAAAGCAAACAGUAAAAGAAGAAGAAAAGACACCAGCUCAGGGUAAGGAAAAGCAACCAGUAAAAGAAGAAGAAAAGAAACCAGCUCAGGCUAAGGAAAAGCAACCAGUAAAAGAAGAAGAAAAGAAACCAGCUCAAGUUAAGGAAAAGCAACCAGUAAAAGAAGAGGAAAAAAAGACAGCUAAGGCAGAAGUUAAGCAGACAGCUGUGGAAGAGAAACCUAAACCCACUAAAGAUGAGGAGAAAGAAAAGAAGUCAGAAAAGAAGUCAUCUAAGGAAGAAGAGAAAAAGCAAGUUAGUAAAGAGGAAAAACAGAAGGUAAAGGAAGAGGAAAAGAAGCCUCCUAAAGCAGAGGACAAACAAACAACUAAGAAAGAGGAAAAGAAGACAGAAAAGUUAGAAGAAAAAAAGCCAACUAUGGUAGAGGAGAAGAAACCAACUAAGGCAGAAGAAAAGCAGCAAACAAAGGAAGAGGAAAAAAAGUCACCUAAAGUAGAAGAGAAGAAAACAACUAAGGUAGAUGAAAAGCAGCCAGUCAAAGAGGAUAAGAAGUCUUCUAAAACUGAUGAAAAGCCAGCUAUUAAGUCAGAGGAAAAACAGCUAGUAAAGGAAGAGGAAAAGAUGCAACAAAAAGCAGAAGAUUCUAAAAUAACUAAGGGAAAGGAAAAACAGCAAGUUAAAGAAGAUGUAAAGAAGUCAACAGAAGAUAAGAAACCAACAAAGGCAGAGGAGAAGAAAACAGAUAAAAAGGAAGAAAAACACACUGCUAAGGAAGAUGAUAAGAAAGCAUCCAAAUUAGAAGAAAAGAGCCCAAGCAAGGAGGCAGAAAAGAAGCUAGUCAAGGAAGAAAAGAAACCAGUUAAGGCAGAAGAAAAGUUACUCAAGUCAAGUGAGGUAAAAACAGACCAAGAGCCUAUAAAAGAGAAAACCCCAGUGACAGAGAAGCCUACUAAAGAAAAGAAAGAAAAAGAAGAUAGUCCCAAAUUACCAAAAAAGGUCAAAGAUAUAAGUACUACUCAAGCUACGAAAGCUAAGCCUGAGAAAAGUGAGAAGUCUUCUGGUACAGAUCAGAUGGAAAGUGAAGAAGCAAAGAAAAGUGAAAAGUAAACUAGCUUAUAAGACACCAGCGCAAACAGAUGGUUGGAACCACCACAGAGGGAAAAAAAUCCAAGAAUCUCACUCUAGAACUGUCAAUCUCAGAGACACUGCUUUUUGUGGUGAACCCCACUGUACUGCUGAGCAGAACAUGGACAAACAGCAAUCCGCUUACUAGGGUGAUCAGGAGCAAUAGCAGCUCUGAAGGUUCCCCUAGUCGAGUGGUUUGGCUCUAUUCUUAAGCAACAGUAACACUUAUGUAUUGCUGAACAUGUAGAAUACACUUGAGAGGUUUAACCCAAGGGUCACAUAUAGAGGUUAAUAGCAAUAUGACAAAUGCAAUAUUUGUUCCACUGUAGAUACUAUUAGAUAGUCCUGAAUGUAAGAUAUAGUAGAAAUACACUUUAGAAAGGAUUGAUCUAACUGGACAUACAGAAGGGAACUUAUACAAUGAAUUAUUUGUAAGUUAAUGGGGAUUUAGUGUGAGGUUAGUUACAGAUAAUGUUGUAUUUCAAGCUCCUGUCGAUAUUCCUGUUAGCAAUCCCACCUACUCUUCUUACUGAGAGGGAUUUCCACUUUUCUUGGUUUAUGAGACUAGCUAACAAAUAAGGCUUAGACUAUGAAGACUAUUGCUAAGAGAAUAUUUCUUUUGGAAAGACACUGAAGAGUUAGGAAGCAACAACGGGAUAUUAUAAGACCCUUGAUCGACAUUCUAGGCAGGUUGAAUUGAAGGGACACAUGCAAUAAUUGUUCUUAUACUAUAAUUCUAUGGCAUAUGAUAGUGAUGUUAGAAUAACUGAUGCAAUCCAAAGUAAAGAAGCCAUGAAUAACAGCUCAGAGUCCACAACACUCGUCCCCUAUCAACUCCUACCAAACUUGCCUGUAGACAUCUGAGCCAAAAACUCUGCCAGUUAAAGAUGCCUUCUUAGUAAAAUAAUGAAUGUAGUGAAAUAAAACUUCAGGGAAGUAACACAGUUGUAUUCAAACAGCCAUAUUUACACUUUCAUGAACAACACAUUAAACACACGUGCACUUUCCGUGCUUGUCUGCUAUUGGUACAGUACUACAGCAGAUUUUGCAAUGUGAUCAUUUCACCUAAUCCGCAGUCACCCAUUUUUCUUUAUUACAACUUGUUUUGAACUAGGCCUACCUGGCUAACGUUAACAUCUUACUCUUCUUCAUGUCACACUCACAAGGGUUCAGAAAGCUAAGAUAUUGGGAGUUAUUUGUAUAGAUCUCACUCUUGAGACGAGCUUUAGCUGUAAUACACACUCAAGCUUUUAUUUGUAUUCCAUUAAAACAGGCACUUAAAAAUCUGGAAAACUCCUGAUCAUGACGCAUUUCAGAUGCAACAUGAAUCUAUAUGAAUAUAGACGCAUGUCAUCUGAAAUGUGUCGGUAAUGGCGAUUUUUCCCAAUGUUUUAGUGCCAUUUUUAAAGUGGCAACUAGCAAGCUGGACUUGCUUCUUCUUUAGCUGUACCUGUGACUUAGAGGGGUUUGGAAGUUUUCAGUUCCCAAGAUACUAUUGGCUCUAUAAAAUGGGAAACAAAA